GGUGGCGGCAGCGGCGGGGAGGUACGCGCCGGCCGGGCGGCCAUGAGGACCGAGAUCUCCACGGCGGCGGCGUUUGUCACCCGCCUCCUGCGGGCUGCUGGCGGUAUCGGCGAAGAGCAGCUGCGGUGCUUCCGGGAGUGCCUGCAGGAGGCGCUGCGCGAGCACUACAAGCACCACUGGUUCCCUCUGGUGCCCUCCAAGGGCUCCGGGUACCGGUGCAUUAGGAUCAAUCAUAAGAUGGACCCCUUGAUAGGAAAGGCAGCGGGGAUGAUUGGACUGAGCCACGAGAGACUCUUCCAGCUCUUGCCCAGCGAAUUAACUCUGUGGGUCGACCCUUUCGAAGUGUCCUAUCGCAUAGGUGAAGAUGGCUCUAUCUGUGUCCUUUACGAAAGCCCCCAGCCUGGUGGGAAGGCAACCAAACCGCUGGAGAGCAGGAUCAGCUGUAAGGAGGAGUGGAGAAUUGGCAGAUCCAACCCUUCCAAGAAUUACACCAUGAUGACAGUUUCUAGUUAAAAAUUACUAUUCCAUGUAUAAUGAUGUAUGUAUCCCAUUCUAAUGGUAAACUUAGAUGUAACUGAGAUUCUUGGGGUUUUAAUUGUAUUUUCCUCCCCC